AUGAAUUUUGAAUUGUUACCAAACGAGAUUAUAUUGACUCUGUUCGAUUAUUUUCGUUCGAUUGAUUUACUGAAAAUAUUUUCUGAUUUAAAUACACGUUUUAAUCUUCUUCUUUAUAAACAAUUUCGAAGAUAUCGUUUGAAUUGUUUAUCUCUUUCAAAACGUAUUUUUGAUGAUGUAUGUCAGCAACAUUUACCAUUUCUUACUGAUCGAAUAAUUACAUUAAAACUUUCAGACGAUUCAUCAACUACUGGACAAAUCGAUCAUUUCUUAUCUUAUAUUUCAUCAUUAUCAUUAUUAACUAAUUUACGGUAUUUAACAUUGUUAAACAUCCAUUCACGUGAAACUUUAAUCAAGCUCGUUAAUGAAUUUUCUUCUCUUUCAAAUGUAACAUAUUUAAAUAUUUCAUUUCGUUGUUAUGAAAAUGAUGAAAUAGAUUUUCAAAUGAUUAUUGAUAAUAUUUGGAGUUUACCGAAACUUAUUCAUUGUCGAUAUACAAUUUAUAUUAGAAAUCUAUCGAGUUUUUUAUUACCAACAAAAGUUUGUUCAACUCUAAAAAAUUUUUAUUUAUUUGGUCAACAAAUUCAAUAUAAUAAAAUAUUUCAAUUAUACGAAUGUGCUCCAUCUCUCAAACAUCUUCGAGCAUCUUUUAACAUUAACUAA